AUGCCUACCAGGCUCAUAGACGUCGGCCAUGACACAUCCGAUGUCUCACGCUUAGUUUUGUCCUCCAACAUCGGCAAUUCCGAGCAAAUAAAGUACGCUGCCUUGAGCUACUGCUGGGGUGGUGAGAAAGACGCCGAGUCACAAUUCAAGACCGAAAAGGUGUCUCUGGAGCACAGGUUUGUGGGUCUGCCUAGCGAACUCAUGACGCCAACUACCAAAGACGCUAUCUUGCUUGCAAGGGCGAUUGGCCUUCGCUAUCUUUGGAUAGACGCUCUUUGCAUCGUGCAAGACGAUGAAGAUGACUGGUUGCACGAGUCCUCCCAGAUGGAUCUAGUAUAUCGCCACGCAUUUGUCACUUUCUGCAGCCUCAACUCCGAUUCAUGUCACGAGAGUUUCCUCAACCGAGCCCCUGCGGUGAGAGUCCCCUUUCAAUCAACGAUACGAAAAGCCACCAAGGGCUCUUACCUGAUCGGGUUACGAUCAAGAACGGGUGUGUAUAUGAACCGCGGAGAUUACGACUGGGACUUGGCAUUAUCCAAGUGGAACAAGAGAUGCUGGACCUUCCAGGAAAAGGAGAUGUCUACUCCAGAUGGUCUGAAGGAGAUGAAGCUCCCCGUGGCAGGUCUCAAUUAA